UGUAGGACGAAAAUACCCACCGUUUCAAGAUGUGCAUGUGAUGAUAUUUGUUGGUUUUGGAUUCCUAAUGACAUUCCUACGACGUUACGGAUUUUCUGCCGUCAGUUUGAACAUGCUUAUAUCCGCUCUGGUGAUACAGUGGGCUAUGCUCGUCAGAGGAUGUAUUUAUGAAGGGAUCUUCAAAGGCAACAAAUUUCAAGUUCGAAUAGAAGAAAUGGUCACCGCAGAUUUUGCUUCAGCAACAGUUCUCAUAUCUUUUGGUGCUGUUCUGGGGCGGACUAGCCCGCUUCAGCUUCUGAUUAUGGCGUUGAUAGAGGUGAUUGCGGCACAGGUCAACGGAUGGGUUUGUCACGAUAAAUUACACGCAGUCGAUGUCGGAGAAUCUAUGUAUAUACAUGCCUUUGGUGCUUAUUUUGGCCUGGCUGUUUCGAGAGUCCACUACAACAAAAAUGCACAGAACCAUCAUAAAGGGGAAUCCUGUUACCAUUCAGACCUUUUCUCUAUGAUAGGAACUAUUUUCUUGUGGAUGUACUGGCCGAGCUUUAAUGGCGGAGGAUCAGAAGGGGACGAACAACAUAGGGCGUAUAUCAACACGUACCUCUCACUGUGUGCUUGCACCGUGGUAACGUUUGCUGUCACUGCAAUCACUGACAAGAAAGGAAAAUUUACCAUGGAAUUCAUCCAGAAUGCUACACUCGCCGGUGGCGUUGCCGUAGGAACCACAGCCAAUAUGCCUCUACAGCCGUGGGGUGCAAUUGUCAUGGGAUCCGUGGCCGGCUUGAUCUCCUGCAUAGGAUAUAGAUACAUAUCAGAAUUUUUCUCCGAGAAAUUAAAAAUUCAGGACACGUGCGGCGUUCACAAUCUGCACGGGAUGCCUGGCGUCCUGGCGGCAAUUGCUGGUGCUAUUAUGGCUGCCAUGGCAACACAAGAAGAUUGGGGAGUCAGCCUUUACGAGAUAUUCCCGUACAGAAUACCAGAGCCAGACAAUGUAACAGACGCGUUUAAAGUCCAGUUUCCUAGCCUCGAUUUCGACUCCGGCAAGGGUUGGUCUGCGGGCAAGCAAGGUGGUUAUCAAGCUAUAGCCCUAGCAGUUACAUUAGGUAUAGCUAUUGCCUCUGGACUCAUUGCAGGUUUUAUACUAAAGAUUCCCAUAUUUGAUCAAGUGUGCGAAGAAGAAGAACUAUUCGAGGACUUGAUGUUUUGGAACGUGCCGGAGGAGGAGGAACACGAGGCGGAGGGUGUGGCCCGGAAAUAUCUCCAUGACAGGAAUGGAACAGAUAUGACGGAAAACAAGGGUACUAAUAUGGUUAAUAUAAAGUUGUAACCAAGGACUACAUUAUACUCGGAUUGGUGAUUUUUAAGAGGUUGGACGCACUAGAUAAUCAGGAAAUCGUGUAACAAUAAUCUCUGUAUGUUUCCUGUGUGAUCAAGUAUGAAGAGAGUUUGAAACACCAGAUCAUGACCUUUGUUUAUGGAGUGCCUAAGAUGUCUGCACUUAAAGACUUCCAAAAUCAAUUUAAAUAAAAGGUGUUCCGGCUGCAACCAAGUUCAUGCAUAAACAAGAACAACUUCGAAAACGACAAUAACAACUACCGCCAAAGUGAAACCAAUGAUCUAAGUAAUCCUAUAUAGAUUGUAUAAAAAAUGUGUAUAGUUUCGAAUUAAUCAUAUUGCACUCAAUUGUUUAGGGGUAGGGGAGGAGACGAUUGGGGAUGGGUUAAGAUGCGGAUUGUUUUGAAUAAAAAAGUGUAAGAAAAAAAGCCCAGGGCCCAGUUGUUCGAAACUUUAACUGGCGAUUAAGCUAACGGUUGAUUAACUUUUAGGGUUAUUUUUCGACAUUUCAGAAGACUUAGAAAAACAAAUGUAUGAGUUAAAAACAAUGGACACUGAAAAAUCUAUAUAAUAAAAUCAAAACAUCAUACUAGUGUUUCUCAACAAGAAUAGUACUUUGAAUCAAAAUUUAACCGGCGGUUAGUUUAACAGCCGGUUAGAGUUUCGAACAACUGGGCCCAGGGCCCCGAAAACGUUUUUACGUAAUUAUGCAUGCUCCGUUCCAAACGUUAGCAUGAUGUUUUUUACUUGGCGGCUCGUAUAUCUUUACGAAAUUUUGAAUGUUUCAAACAUUUUUCAUUGUUGUUUGUAUACAUAUUUGUAUGUGUUUAUAUAAAUGAUGUAUUAAAAUAUAGUAUAUAUCUGUAGUAUCUCUGAAUGUAUGCGUAAAUGAAUAUUUUUCACAGUGUAUCAUGUUUCAACAAACAUGGCGUAAGAUUUUUCUGCGAAGAAUAAGUUGACUUGUAGAAAAAAAGCAAUAGAUCGUUUAUUGCUUUGUAACAGACUUGCCCUUACAGUCCGAUGUAGAUCUACCAAGAAAGUGUAUUUUCUUUUACAAAAACAAUAAAAAUGAAACUAUAAAAUAUAUAGCUUUU